UGAAGUCCGAGUUUUAAUUUUGCACAGGUUGAGGUAGCUCUUCUUGCUGUGGGGAUGGGUGCUGUGCAGAUUUCUGCUCUCCAGGAAGCCAAGACGAACACCAGAUAGACUAUCUGAGACCAGGUGCCUUGGUUCCUCAGCCUUGCUUCUGCAGAAAUCAGGAGUGCUUCCCCUGUUUUUUUGGAUUUUUUUUUCCCCUGUUCUUGACGUCAAGCUCCAACAGCCAGCGGAGGAGCCCUUCGCCUGGGCGGUGAAGAGCGCAGGGAGAGUGGCGGAGAGGGAAGCCAUAGCAGCAACAGCUUGGAGGAGGGAACUGACUAUCCCUUGCCAACACAACCCCGGGCAACGCAGCGCUGAAGAAAGAGACCUGCGGGUUCGGGGAACCGCGGGGUUACUGCAAAGAGGGGCGGGGAGAAGGCGGGGGCGCUGCAUGCAGCGCGCUGGCUCCAGCGGUGCCCGCGGGGAAUGUGACAUCAGCAGCGCCGGGCGCUUGCGGCUGGAGCAGGCUGCUCGCCUCGGCCGCUCGGUGCACACCUCGCCCGGGGGAGGACGCGGAGCCCGGCAGGCGGCCGGGAUGUCGGCGAAGGAGAGGCCAAAGGGCAAAGUGAUCAAGGACAGCGUCACCCUCCUGCCCUGUUUUUAUUUCGUUGAGUUGCCUAUAUUGGCAUCAUCGGUGGUUAGCCUCUAUUUCCUGGAACUCACAGAUGUCUUCAAACCUGUGCACUCUGGAUUCAGCUGCUAUGACCGGAGUCUUAGCAUGCCGUACAUUGAGCCAACACAGGAGGCCAUUCCAUUCCUCAUGUUGCUUAGCUUGGCUUUCGCUGGACCUGCAAUUACGAUCAUGCUGGGAGAAGGGAUUCUGUACUGCUGCCUUUCCAAAAGAAGAAAUGGGGCUGGCCUGGAACCCAACAUCAAUGCUGGGGGCUGCAACUUCAACUCCUUUCUCAGAAGAGCCGUCAGAUUCGUUGGUGUCCAUGUGUUUGGACUGUGCUCCACAGCUCUCAUUACAGAUAUCAUACAGCUGUCCACAGGAUAUCAGGCACCAUACUUUCUGACUGUGUGCAAGCCAAACUACACCUCUCUGAAUGUAUCCUGCAAAGAAAAUUCCUACAUCGUGGAAGAUAUUUGUUCAGGAUCUGACCUUACAGUUAUCAACAGUGGCAGAAAGUCAUUCCCAUCCCAACAUGCGACCCUUGCUGCCUUUGCUGCUGUAUAUGUGUCGAUGUACUUCAAUUCCACAUUAACUGAUUCCUCCAAGCUCCUGAAACCUCUCUUGGUCUUCACAUUUAUCAUCUGUGGAAUCAUCUGCGGGCUAACACGGAUAACUCAGUAUAAGAACCACCCAGUCGAUGUCUAUUGUGGCUUUUUAAUAGGAGGAGGAAUCGCCCUGUAUUUGGGCCUGUAUGCUGUGGGGAAUUUUCUGCCUAGUGAAGAGAGUAUGCUCCAGCAGAGAGAUGCCCUCAGGUCACUGACAGACCUCAAUCAAGACCCCAGCAGGGUUUUAUCAGCUAAAAAUGGUAGCAGCGGUGAUGGAAUUGCUCACACAGAGGGCAUCCUCAACCGAAAUCACAGGGAUGCAAGCUCCUUAACAAAUCUCAAGAGGGCCAAUGCUGACGUAGAAAUCAUCACUCCUCGGAGUCCCAUGGGGAAGGAGAGCAUGGUGACCUUCAGCAACACGCUGCCCAGAGCCAACACCCCCUCGGUGGAAGACCGAGAAGUGAGAAGAAACGCGAGCAUCCAUGCCUCCAUGGAUUCUGCCAGGUCCAAGCAGCUCCUCACUCAGUGGAAGAGCAAGAACGAGAGCCGCAAGAUGUCCCUGCAGGUUAUGGACACUGAGCCAGAAGGGCAGUCACCACCUAGGUCCAUAGAAAUGAGGUCCAGCUCAGAGCCUUCGAGGGUGGGGGUGAAUGGAGACCACCACGUCCCAGGCAAUCAGUACCUCAAGAUCCAGCCUGGCACUGUCCCCGGGUGCAACAAUAGCAUGCCUGGAGGGCCACGCGUGUCCAUCCAGUCCCGCCCUGGCUCCUCCCAACUGGUGCACAUCCCCGAGGAGACCCAGGAAAACAUAAGCACCUCGCCCAAGAGCAGUUCUGCACGGGCCAAGUGGCUGAAAGCCGCAGAGAAGACGGUGGCCUGUAACAGGAGCAACAGCCAGCCACGCAUCAUGCAGGUCAUCGCCAUGUCUAAGCAACAGGGCGUGCUGCAGAGCAGCCCUAAGAACGCUGAGGGUAGCACGGUCACCUGCACGGGCUCCAUCCGCUACAAAACCCUGACGGACCACGAGCCAGGCGGCAUCGUGCGGGUGGAGGCCCACCCCGAGAACAACAGGCCCAUCAUCCAGAUCCCAUCCACCGAGGGCGAAGGCAGCGGCUCCUGGAAGUGGAAAGCUCCGGAGAAGGGUAGCCUGCGCCAAACCUAUGAGCUCAACGAUCUCAACAGGGACUCGGAAAGCUGCGAGUCCCUCAAAGACAGCUUUGGUUCUGGAGAUCGCAAGAGAAGCAACAUCGACAGCAAUGAGCACCACCACCACGGCAUCACCACCAUCCGAGUGACCCCGGUGGAGGGCAGCGAGAUAGGCUCAGAGACGCUGUCGGUGUCCUCCUCACGCGACUCCACCCUGCGCAGGAAGGGCAACAUUAUCUUGAUCCCCGAAAGAAGCAACAGCCCUGAAAACACGAGAAACAUCUUCUACAAAGGAACGUCCCCGACGCGGGCUUAUAAGGAUUGAGCGAUGAUGGCCCUUCCUGCCAUCAUACCGGGGACCACCACCACCCUCAAGACCACACAUUUAUUCUACCUGUGCUUUUUGUUUUGUUUUUUGUUUGUUUGUUUUAUUUUGUUUUUUUUUUCAGGAGGAUUUGGAAAGCCUUCCUGCCCAACUAGAAGACUGUUCACCAUCAGCCCGGAACUCUCAUUGAACUACCACAGAAAUCGUGGCAUUUUUACACCAAGGGAAAGCACAACGCAAGACCAGAACUAAUCUCAUCACCUGAACAGUUCUUAAGACUGAGGCUUCACAGAGGGCAGUAUUAAGACAAAGCGGUCUCCUUCUAUGUAUAGUAUUUAACUUUCUGAAUGUGCCAACUUUGCGAUUUUUUUUUCAUUAUAAUUAGCUGUGGGAAUCCAAAACACACAGGUUUUCCCUACAGCAGAGGCCAUGCAGUAUUAUAUAUUAUUCAUUUUUUGCUGAAUCUGCACCAGAAGCGCAGUCUGGGAGGUGCUGAUUAUUACAGUUCAUAUACCAUGUAAACUCUCAAACUCUACUUAGCUGUGACAUAGUGGCGUGCAACCCCUCGUCAGAGAAAUGCUCCUUUGUUCUGAAGAUGUGGUAGAGUAGACCGUCCUCGGCUUCCCUGUAGUGGCUCUCUCACAGUGAAAAAAAAAAAA